AUGACUGUCAAAAGCAUUCUACUAUUUUCUCUUCUCGCGUGUCAUCAGGCGAACGGUCAAAACAUCCCCUUCUUCAAUGGAGAUCCAAACUUUCUCUUCCUUGGCAACAGCUACACUGGCUACAACAGUCUCUCCCAAACCUUCAAGAGCAUCGUAGAGGAUGGCAUCCCUGCAUGGCGCAACAAGGUCCUGGAGCGUUCAAUAAACCCAGGCGGGAAGACGUUGAAUGGGCAUUUACAAGAUGCCGAGAAUCCCAGCAGCGACAGCGCCCAGCGUGAAGCUCUCAUCACCAAACCAGAACCAUGGAAAUGGGCCACGUUGCAAGAUCAGAGCCAGGUACCAGGCUUCUAUGAAUGGGACUGGGCUGGAACUGAGUUUUUCAACUCGCGGACUGCAGCCGUCGAGCUCAAUGACCUAAUUGGUGGGUUGGGUGGACAAACCAUGUUUCUCAUGACUUGGGGGCGGCGACAAGGAGACCUAGGCAACGAUGAUAUCUAUCCUGACUUUGAGACCAUGCAAGCACGGAUUACUACAGGGUAUUACAAAUAUGUGAAUGCCACGACCACUGCUAGUCGCAGGACGUAUGUGGCUCCAGCAGGAUUAGUCUUUGAAACAAUCUACAAUGAUGAAAUAGAUCAAGGCAUCGACCCACUGAGUUUUGGAACUCUGUUCCGGUCCUUGUAUCAAGCAGAUGGGAGUCAUCCAGCGGUUGCGGGGACAUAUGUUGCCGCGUUGACUCUCUACACAAGCAUGACAGGCCUGAGCCCGAAGAGAAUCAAUUGGUUUCCAGACACACUGGAACCAGCCGACGGAAGAAAGAUCCAAGAUGCUGUCAGUCGGACUAUUCUAGAGACCUUCUAUAGCGGAGAGAUCAUCUAUCCUUGGGACAAGGCCUUUCCAGACCAAGCCCCUGGUACACCAUUGCCAACAAGUGCACCCGUCACACCUGUCCCAACAAGUCGGCCAUCCCUGAGACCUACAACACCUUCACCCGUCACUCCAGCGCCAACGACUGCACCGCCUACACAAGCUCCAGUCUCACCUUCACCCACACAAGCUCCAGUCUCACCUUCACCUACGCAAGCUCCAGUUUCGCCAGCACCAACACAAGCUCCAGUCUCUCCUUCGCCCACACAAGCUCCGGUCUCACCUUCACCCACGCAAGCUCCAGUCUCACCAUCACCAACACAAGCUCCAGUCUCACCCUCACCCACAAAAGCUCCAGUCUCACCCUCACCCACACAAGCUCCAGUUUCACCUGCACCCACAACAGCGCCUGUUUCACCACCAACCACACCUAAUCCUACACUGCGCCCUACUUCACCUCCCCAAACUCCUGACAAUGGCAACAGGGGUUCCAUUGAGGUUCGAUUCAAGAUGGAUGAGUUCUCAGACCAAAUUUCAUGGUCAUUCAAGGGAGAAGAUUACGGAUACUUGAAACCCUUUGACAACUAUAUAACGCCAUUUGAGGGUGUCGUCACUACAUUCAACGACCUCAAGCCUGGUCAAAGGUACUUUUUCAAGAUCAGCGACUCCAACGGGGACGGAAUCUGCUGCGAUCAUGGGAAAGGAUUCUUUAGUAUCACAGACAAGGUCUCCGGGCGGAAUCUCUAUUACAUGGAUGGGGUAGGAUUCCAAGCCUACCUCGAACUAGUCUUUGAUAUUUUGCCCGAUGGGUCAGCAACCAUCACCCACAAGUCUGGCCAAUACCGACCCACUUCUUGGAAAGAUCUCGAAGACCAAUUGAUGCAACCGGACAAUGAAUCGACUUGGCCAGGGGCAUUUCCCACCAUGGAAAGGAACAGUCUAGUAGUCAACGUGGAUCUUGAUGAUCACCCCGAGGAUGUUUCCUGGACCGUGUACCAACAGAUACCAAAUUUUGAGUGGUCGCCUUUGCAUACUUGGAGUGGCGUGAAUGCUACAGCAGGGACUCUGGAGUCUUUGGAAUUGUGCGAUUUGCCUCCCGGUUGGUAUCGUUUCGUGGUCCAGGACAGCCGAAAGGAUGGUCUCUGCUGUGAUCGCGGAAAGGGAUACGUGAGCCUAACGGGUCCAUUGCUUCCCACGGAUCAAAGCCCCAACAGUACCAUGGGUUUGGUUUGGGGCAACAAGGGUCAAUACUUGGAGGAAGACGAGAUAUUCUUUUUGUAUUCCCACAGUGGGUUGAUUUCCCACAUUGCUUGGGAUUUGUAG